GCUCGGGUAACCGAGUAACAUGAUGAUGUACCUGCAGACAUGGUUGCAGAAGAAUCAGGUCCUGGUGCACAAAAUAGUCCAUACCAACUUCGCAGAAAAACUCUUCUUCCUAAAAGAACAGCUUGCCCUACAAAGAGCAGUAUGGAGGGUGCCUCCACUUCAGCUACUGAGAACUUUGGUCAUCGAGCUAAACGUGCUAGAGUAUCUGGAAAAUCCCAGGAUUUAUCAGCAGCACCUGCAGAACAAUAUCUUCAGGAGAAACUUCCAGAUGAAGUGGUUCUAAAGAUCUUUUCCUACUUGCUGGAGCAAGAUCUUUGUAGAGCAGCUUGUGUGUGUAAACGCUUCAGUGAGCUGGCUAAUGAUCCAAUUUUGUGGAAACGACUGUAUAUGGAAGUAUUUGAAUAUACACGUCCCAUGAUGCAUCCAGAACCUGGUAAAUUCUAUCAGAUUAAUCCAGAAGAAUAUGAACACUCAAAUCCCUGGAAAGAAAGCUUUCAGCAGCUGUACAAAGGAGCACAUGUAAAGCCAGGCUUUGCUGAACACUUCUACAGUAACCCUGCAAGGUAUAAAGGAAGAGAAAAUAUGUUGUACUAUGACACCAUUGAGGAUGCCCUUGGUGGGGUUCAGGAAGCUCAUUUUGAUGGACUUAUCUUUGUUCACUCUGGUAUAUAUACUGACGAAUGGAUAUAUAUCGAAUCUCCAAUCACUAUGAUUGGUGCAGCACCUGGAAAAGUAGCAGAUAAAGUCAUUAUAGAAAACACUAGAGAUUCCACUUUCGUUUUUAUGGAGGGUUCUGAAGAUGCUUACGUUGGGUAUAUGACAAUCAGGUUCAAUCCUGAUGACAAAUCUGCUCAGCACCACAAUGCACACCACUGCUUAGAGAUUACCGUGAACUGCAGUCCAAUAAUAGAUCACUGUAUCAUUCGAAGUACCUGUACAGUGGGGUCUGCAGUAUGUGUUAGUGGCCAGGGAGCUUGUCCUACUAUCAAACACUGUAACAUCAGUGACUGUGAGAAUGUUGGACUUUACAUUACAGACCAUGCACAGGGAAUAUAUGAGGACAACGAGAUCUCCAAUAAUGCAUUGGCGGGGAUUUGGGUAAAAAACCAUGGAAACCCCAUUAUCAGACGGAAUCAUAUUCAUCAUGGGCGUGAUGUUGGUGUUUUCACAUUUGAUCAUGGCAUGGGUUAUUUUGAAAGCUGCAACAUACAUAGAAACAGGAUAGCAGGCUUUGAGGUCAAAGCUUAUGCUAACCCUACAGUAGUUCGGUGUGAAAUCCAUCAUGGUCAGACUGGAGGCAUCUAUGUUCAUGAAAAAGGAAGAGGACAAUUCAUAGAGAAUAAAAUCUAUGCAAACAAUUUUGCAGGUGUUUGGAUUACUUCAAACAGCGACCCAACAAUAAGGGGCAAUGCAAUUUUUAAUGGAAAUCAAGGUGGAGUUUACAUCUUUGGUGAUGGAAGAGGCCUUAUUGAAGGAAAUGACAUUUAUGGUAAUGCAUUAGCAGGAAUUCAGAUUCGAACAAAUAGUUGUCCCAUUGUUCGACACAAUAAGAUUCAUGACGGCCAACAUGGUGGAAUUUAUGUGCAUGAAAAAGGACAAGGUGUGAUUGAAGAAAAUGAAGUUUACAGUAAUACUUUGGCUGGAGUCUGGGUGACAACAGGAAGUACUCCAGUGCUGAGGAGAAAUAGAAUACAUAGUGGAAAACAGGUUGGUGUUUAUUUUUAUGACAAUGGACAUGGAGUGUUGGAAGACAAUGACAUCUAUAAUCAUAUGUAUUCAGGAGUUCAAAUAAGAACUGGAAGUAACCCCAAAAUUAGGCGCAACAAAAUCUGGGGAGGCCAGAAUGGUGGUAUUCUCGUUUACAAUUCUGGGCUUGGAUUUAUAGAAGACAAUGAAAUUUUUGAUAAUGCAAUGGCUGGAGUGUGGAUUAAGACAGACAGUAAUCCUACGCUAAGAAGAAAUAAAAUCCAUGAUGGAAGAGAUGGGGGCAUCUGUAUAUUUAAUGGGGGCAGAGGUCUCCUUGAAGAGAAUGAUAUUUUUAGGAAUGCUCAAGCUGGUGUUCUCAUCAGCACCAACAGUCACCCUGUGUUAAGAAAAAAUCGAAUAUUUGAUGGAUUUGCUGCAGGUAUUGAAAUAACAAAUCAUGCAACUGCAACAUUAGAAGGCAAUCAGAUUUUCAACAACCGUUUUGGAGGCUUAUUUCUAGCAUCUGGUGUCAAUGUAACAAUGAAAGAUAACAAAAUAAUGAACAAUCAAGAUGCCAUAGAGAAGGCUGUCAGUAGAGGCCAGUGUCUAUAUAAGAUAUCCAGUUACACCAGCUACCCAAUGCAUGACUUCUACAGAUGUCACACUUGUAACACCACAGAUCGUAAUGCCAUAUGUGUGAACUGCAUUAAGAAGUGCCAUCAAGGACAUGAUGUAGAAUUUAUUAGACAUGACAGGUUUUUCUGUGACUGUGGUGCUGGAACACUGUCUAAUCCAUGUACACUCGCUGGAGAGCCUACACAUGAUACAGAUACACUAUAUGACUCUGCUCCACCUAUAGAAUCUAAUACAUUGCAGCACAACUGAAUUCCUUUCAGCAAGAAAAUCCUGCCAUUCUACUAUCAUUAACUGUUAAACAAUUUUUGGAGGAAAUUAUACUUGCCCAUUUCUGCAGAAAGAGACUGUAUUAAAAUGGAUGUGUAAGGUAUUGACACUAUGGAGCUCAACCUACCAAAAAGAAAGUGGCAAUAUGUUGACUCAGGAUAACAGAACUGGGUGUUUUAGCAUUACUGUGUAAACAAAGACUUUGAGGGGACAGAAGUGAAGAAAAUAAGCUGCAAUUUUGUACAGAUACCAACUUCUGAAAAGCUGGUGUUUUUACAAGUAGCAUUGAAACGCAGUCCAAUUUGCAGUAGUACUAUUCUGUAGACCGGCAGCAUUCUUUGUUGCUGCUGUUAUGGACAUGGGUACCAAUUGCUUUUGUAACAUGGUAAAAUGUGAGCUAGCACUUCUGCAUUUCUUUUGGUUUUUUUUUUUAACAUUUAUUCAGAUUGAAAAAUAUGAUUUUAAAUGCUUUAAUCUCAUGUAGUUUGUUUUUAAUUUCAAGCAAAAAAUCUUAUUGUACUUGAAUGUGUCCUGUUUUGUUAGCACACAUAGACUUGCUGUAACUGUACUCAUGUCCCAGUAUGUAUGUUCUUUCUAUGAAAGAGAAAACACUAAUCUUAAAUUAUAUCCAGCAAUUUUUCUGGUAUUCUUUGAAAAAGUUAAUCUCCUUCCCUGCCCCAGCAAUGGUCUGUACUCAAAUCACCCUAACAAAAAGCAAGUGUUUUAAUGAGACUUUCUAGCAUAUACGAUGCACUAUAAAACAAAGUACCCAUGUGAACUAAGUUUUUGUGAAGUACACAUUAGAAAGUCUCCUCAAAACAAUCUUGUAUUUUACUGUUAGUUUU